AACACAAGUGCGACAGAACAAGAUGCACGCCCUGGUCGAGGAAAUGGUCAGAUUGGACCUCGGGAGGGGACCGCCGCGCAGGGAGCGCAGCCAAGGGCAGUGCAAGGAGAGGGAGAGGGGUCAAUCUUCAUGGCUGCCAACAGGUUCAACGACAUCUCAACAGCUGAAUCUCGCACGUCUCCUGCUCUUUGGCGUUUGCUUUGGGACACGCUAUCAUGGCAGACCUUACAAACGGUCAAGCAAAUGGGCAAAAUGGCACAGAUGGUCGUGCAAACGGGCACAGUCAGCCAUCGCUGCCUAUCCUCAUCAUCGGGUCCGGGAGCACCGGGCUCGCCCUGGCUCAGGGCCUUCGUCAGGCAGGAAUAAGAUGCAUCGUCUUCGAGAAGCAGCCUUCGUCCGCACGGGAGCGCGACUGGAACAUGGGCCUGCAUUGGGGUGCCCCAGCCCUCAAGAGCGUGAUGCCAGAAGAUAUGUGGUCGCGUAUCCAGUCCGUCCAAGUAGACCCCUCGGAGCCCACAAAGGCUCAAGACACCUUGUCCUUCGUCCGCGGCGAUACGGGUGAGACCAUGGUCGCCGUACCUGUUUCAUACUUCUACCGACUGCGGAGGAGCAAGCUGAGGGAGUUGCUCGCCCAAGGGGUAGAUAUCCAGUACAACAAGCGCCUGUGUGACAUAUCGUAUGCUGAAGGCGGUCGUUCAGUCACAGCUCACUUCGUCGAUGGCUCCCAAGCGACAGGAUCGAUCCUCAUUGGAGCUGAUGGUGCACGUUCGACAACCCGUCGAUUGCUUUUGGGACCAGACACCGCCUCUAUCAAUCGUCUCCCGUACGCUGCAACCUUCGUCCAACAAAAGUUCCCCAAGGAACAAGCUCUCUACCUGCGAAAGUUUCACCCACUGUACCUUGCCUCGGCGCAUCCCGACAACCGCUUCGCCUUCUUCGGCAUGCACGACGCAGCCGACCCGGAAGACCCAUCAUCCUGGACCUUCUUCUUCUACAUCUCCUGGCCGAGCAGCCUGGAGGAGCAGGAUGCGACCGCCGACUGGACAGAUGCUCAGCGUCUAGCGCAGCAGAAGGAGUUCGCUAAGACAUUCUGUGACCCCUGGAAGAGCGCGUAUGAGUGGACCUCCGACGAUACGCCGGUUUGGUACAUGGGCCUCACGGAUUGGGAUCCCCUCCGUGAAGGCCACAGGUGGGACAACCAUGACGGGCUGGUGACAAUGGUCGGGGAUGCUGUGCAUCCCAUGACGUAUCAGAGAGGCCAGGGCCUGAACCAUAGCAUCACCGAUGCGAACAACCUCAGGGACGCCUUGAUCAAGAUCCACCAAGGAGCCGACCGGAAGGAGGCGGUUACCGCAUUUGAAGAUGAGAUGAUUGCAAGAGCCGGGAAAGAGGUCCAAGAGAGCACAGCGAACUCGAGGCUGUUGCACGACUGGGACAAGGUGACGCUGAGCCCGUUCUACAACAAUGGUUUGGGGAGAAACUAG